CACAAACACACAACGCCGGAACGGAAAACAAUUUUGGUAGAAGCAAAAAAGAAAAAAAAUUUAAUCACGUUAGAUCCAAAACGGUUCCAGAAUGGGCAACGUAAUGGCGUCCACCGCAGACGCUGAGUCCUCUCGUGGGCGUGGACAUCUGUCCGCCGGACUACGCUUGCCGGAGGCACCGCAGUAUUCCGGCGGAGUGCCGCCACAGAUGGUGGAGGCCUUAAAGGCGGAAGCUAAAAAGCCCGAAUUGACAAAUCCCGGAACUCUUGAGGAACUGCACAGUCGCUGUCGCGACAUCCAGGCCAACACCUUCGAAGGCGCCAAAAUUAUGGUGAACAAGGGUCUGAGCAACCACUUCCAAGUGACCCACACCAUUAACAUGAAUUCGGCUGGUCCAAGUGGCUAUCGUUUUGGAGCUACCUACGUGGGUACCAAACAAUACGGGCCGACUGAAGCCUUUCCGGUUCUUCUUGGCGAGAUCGAUCCGAUGGGCAAUCUUAAUGCAAACGUUAUCCAUCAACUGACCUCUCGUUUGAGGUGCAAGUUUGCCUCGCAGUUCCAGGACUCAAAGCUGGUGGGCACCCAGCUGACGGGGGACUAUCGCGGCAGAGACUACACGCUGACCCUGACAAUGGGCAAUCCGGGGUUUUUUACGAGUUCCGGAGUAUUUGUGUGCCAGUACUUGCAGUCCGUCACCAAACGUCUGGCGCUAGGAUCGGAGUUCGCCUAUCACUACGGGCCGAAUGUGCCCGGACGCCAAGUGGCUGUAUUAUCAGCGGUGGGACGUUACGCCUUCGGUGAUACCGUGUGGUCUUGCACUUUGGGACCCGCCGGAUUCCACCUUAGUUACUACCAGAAGGCCAGUGAUCAGCUACAGAUCGGAGUCGAGGUGGAAACGAAUAUCCGCCAGCAAGAGUCGACGGCCACGGUGGCAUACCAGAUUGAUCUGCCCAAGGCAGACCUAGUCUUCCGCGGCAGUCUCGAUUCCAAUUGGCUUAUUUCCGGAGUCCUUGAGAAAAGACUGCAGCCGCUACCGUUCUCGUUGGCCAUUAGCGGUCGUAUGAAUCACCAAAAAAAUAGUUUUCGGCUGGGAUGUGGCCUCAUGAUAGGAUGAAUCAAAUUUACUUAAUAGUAAUCCAGCGGAAGCACAAAAAGGCGUGCCAUUUAGUGGAUCUAUUAAUUUUUUUUCGAAUAAGAUUCGAAAAUAUGUCCUAUUUACGUUGUAUAGAUCAAGCUUCCUGUAAAGUCUAU